CCGCUCGCGCGUCCCUCCCCUUUCCAGACCAGCUGGCCGAGGCUGCUCCCGAAGGCUGGGAGACCCGGAGCCUCGCUGCACUUGCGCCCGCGCGCGCACUGCCCCCCAGGAGAAAGUGAUGUUAUUUCAGUGAACCCUAAUAAAACAGUCUCCGAACAGUUUCCGAGCCGCGCUCCGAGAGGUCCCGGGAUUCUUGAGCUGUGCCCAGCUGACGAGCUUUUGAAGAUGGCACAAUAACCGUCCAGUGAUGCCUGACCAUGACAGCACAGCCCUCUUAAGCCGGCAAACCAAGAGAAGAAGAGUUGACAUUGGCGUGAAAAGGACGGUAGGGACAGCAUCUGCAUUUUUUGCUAAGGCAAGAGCAACGUUUUUUAGUGCCAUGAAUCCCCAAGGUUCCGAGCAGGAUGUUGAGUAUUCAGUGGUACAGCACGCAGAUGGGGAAAAGUCAAAUGUACUCCGCAAGCUGCUGAAGAGGGCGAACUCGUACGAAGAUGCUAUGAUGCCUUUUCCAGGAGCAACCAUAAUUUCCCAGCUGUUGAAAAAUAACAUGAACAAAAAUGGUGGCACGGAGCCCAGUUUCCAAGCCAGCGGCCUCUCCAGUACGGGCUCCGAAGUACAUCAGGAGGAUAUAUGCAGCAACUCUUCAAGAGACAGCCCCCCAGAGUGUCUUUCCCCUUUUGGCAGGCCUACUAUGAGCCAGUUUGAUAUGGAUCGCUUAUGUGAUGAGCACCUGAGAGCGAAGCGUGCCCGGGUGGAGAAUAUAAUUCGGGGUAUGAGCCAUUCCCCCAGUGUGGCAUUAAGGGGCAAUGAAAAUGAAAGAGAGAUGGCCCCGCAGUCUGUGAGUCCCCGAGAAAGUUACCGAGAAAACAAACGCAAGCAAAAGCUGCCCCAGCAGCAGCAGCAGAGUUUCCAGCAGCUGGUUUCAGCCCGCAAAGAACAGAAGCGAGAGGAGCGCCGACAGCUGAAACAGCAGCUGGAGGACAUGCAGAAGCAGCUGCGGCAGCUGCAGGAGAAGUUCUACCAGAUCUACGACAGCACCGAUUCUGAAAAUGACGAAGAUGGAAACCUGUCCGAAGACAGCAUGCGCUCGGAGAUCCUGGAGGCGCGGGCCCAGGACUCUGUGGGGAGGUCAGACAGCGAGAUGUGCGAGCUGGACCCCGGACAGUUCAUCGACCGGGCGCGGGCCCUGAUCAGAGAGCAGGAGAUGGCAGAAAACAAGCCCAAGCGAGAGGGCAGCAACAAAGAGAGAGACCACGGGCCAAACUCCUUGCAACCGGAAGGCAAGCACUUGGCCGAGACCUUGAAACAGGAGCUCAACACUGCCAUGUCGCAGGUCGUGGACACCGUGGUCAAAGUCUUCUCGGCCAAGCCCUCCCGCCAGGUUCCUCAGGUCUUCCCCCCUCUCCAGAUCCCCCAGGCCAGGUUUGCAGUCAAUGGGGACAACCACAAUUUCCACACCGCCAACCAGCGCCUGCAGUGCUUUGGCGACGUCAUCAUUCCAAACCCCCUGGACACCUUUGGCAACGUGCAGAUGCCCAGUUCCGCAGACCAGACGGAAGCACUGCCCCUGGUGGUCCGCAAAAACUCCUCUGACCAGUCUGCCUCCGGGCCGGCCGCGGGCGGCCACCACCAGCCCCUGCACCAGUCUCCGCUCUCGGCCACCGCGGGCUUCACCACCUCCACCUUCCGCCACCCCUUCCCGCUCCCCUUGAUGGCCUACCCGUUUCAGAGUCCCUUAGGUGCUCCCUCUGGCUCCUUCUCGGGAAAAGACAGAGCCUCUCCCGAAUCCUUAGACUUAACUAGGGACACGACGAGCCUGAGGACCAAGAUGUCAUCUCACCACCUGAGCCACCACGCUUGCUCACCAGCACACCCACCCAGCACGGCCGAAGGGCUCUCCCUGUCACUCAUAAAGUCCGAGUGUGGCGAUCUUCAGGACAUGUCCGAAAUCUCACCCUAUUCGGGAAGUGCAAUGCAGGAAGGAUUGUCACCCAAUCACUUGAAAAAAGCAAAGCUCAUGUUCUUUUAUACCCGUUACCCCAGCUCCAAUAUGCUGAAGACGUACUUCUCCGAUGUAAAGUUCAACAGAUGCAUUACCUCUCAGCUCAUCAAGUGGUUUAGCAAUUUCCGCGAGUUUUACUACAUUCAGAUGGAGAAGUACGCCCGUCAAGCCAUCAACGAUGGGGUCACCAGCACAGAAGAGCUGUCCAUAACCAGAGACUGCGAGCUGUACAGGGCUCUGAACAUGCACUACAAUAAAGCAAAUGACUUUGAGCAGGUUCCAGAGAGAUUCCUGGAAGUUGCACAGAUCACAUUACGGGAGUUUUUCAAUGCCAUUAUCGCAGGCAAAGAUGUUGACCCUUCAUGGAAGAAGGCCAUUUACAAGGUUAUCUGCAAGCUGGAUAGUGAAGUCCCCGAGAUUUUCAAAUCCCCGAACUGCCUACAAGAGCUGCUUCAUGAGUAGAAAUCUCAGCAACCCUUUCUGAAUGUAUGAAUAGUAGAGUUCCCUUUGGAUGUCUGACUUCCUGUGUGUGUCUAGACUUUGAUUUCAUAUAUGUGUGUAUGGGAGGCAUGGAUAUGUUAUGAAAUCAGCUGGUAAUUCCUCCUCAUCAUCUUUCUCUCUUUUCGUUUUGUUUUCCAUUACAAGGGGAUGGUUAUUUUCCUUUCUCCUUCAGUUUACUUUUGCCCAAGGCCCUUAACAUUUGGAGACUCCACAUCGGGUUAAUUUUCAGGGAAAAAGAAUGCUGGAGUGUGUAAAGUCUAUGUUCAAAAGCAAGGGCAUUUAGCAAAGAUGCCCCUGCUUGAUUGGUGGCAUGAUGUAAACGGCACGUGGCCGAGGUCACACCGUGACACCGCACAGCUCUACAAUGACCUGUCUCUUCUUUUUACUGUUAAGAAGGUUUAAAAAUGCAAAGUAACCACUUCAUACAUUUAAAUAUUUUGUUUGCUUUGAACUUAACAAGUAGCUUUAUCUUACUUGCUUAAUUAAAUAACACCAGUGAGCAGUGCACUUCUCAAAAAAUGCCCCCAAAGGCCAAAUUAAAACUAAAAAAUAAUUGCUCCUAAGCCCUUUCGAAGAGAAAUGGCAAGCACCCCCAAACAAUCAGGACCAGUUUCUAAUGCAGGCAAACAAUUUUGUACAAUACUAACUCUGUCAAGAUGAGAUUGAUACUCAUUCCUGCUCUUCUGGCCACCUCUCUAGACUUCAUAAUUGGAUCUUCUUCAUACUAAGUGAGCUUCUAGAUCAGUCUUUGUGGAGAAAAACGCUAUACCUUGUUAUCAUUUUCUACUUAUUUUGCUUCAGAUAUUUAAAAGGCACGUGUUUCCAAUUCACUCUGCUCCAUUUUGUUUAUAUGCUUAAAAGAAUUAUUGAUUUUGUUCAAUUAACUUUUUUUUUCCCCUAAAACACCAUUUUCUGAUUACCUUCCUCAAGUAAGGAAUGAAGGAACCCCAAGUGACCAUGCAACCCUUGCCUGCACUAGAAGUUUGCUGGAAGCUGUUAGUUGAUCUGUUUCUGUGUAUGAUUCCACACUGCCCUGAAAGGUAUUUGUAGCGGUGACGUUCGGAGUGUUUCUUCACUGUAGGCGUAACAUCUUAAGGCCAUUAAUACUAUCUAUUCUCGUUCAGAAGCUCAUUGACCAAAAUGUGAGAUGCAUAGGAAAUUUGGGGGUUAACCCAAAAGACACAAUUUCAGCAAAAAGAAAGCUAGCUGCUUUUUCACACUUUCUUCAAUGGGUCUCUUCUUUUUUUUCUUCCCUUUCUUUUUUCCAGUUUUCAAUGAUGCACAGUGUCCCAUACAUGCAUUUUGAAAAUCGAGCAGCAUUCACACUUGUUUUCUUAGAUGGGUUUUUGUGUUCAGAAGCAGUAAGAAUGCAAUGUUCACUCUAAUAUUGUUUUCCAGGCCCCUCCCUCCCCUUUGAGCUACAGCUCUUAAAAUGACACAGUUACAAACCUGGUAUUUAAAACAUACGAGAUAUAAAUGCCAUUUUCCCUUAAUUUUCAUUUAAAAACUCCAUUUGACUUUGGAGAAUGCAGGUAGCCCAUGUGACUAACGAGGCAACCUGGUUGUUGUCAUUCACCGUCAUUUACAAAUUCUGCUGAUGGAUGGGAAUGUGGGAACACAAUUAUUGUCAGCACAAAGCCUUAAAACCUGCUGACUUUAAACUAAACGGUGCAGUCCUCUGAUUCCCUGUAUCACCCUGGACACUAACGGGCCCCAGGAGUGUGGGCAGGUCCUGCAGUGGCCGGGGCUGGGGCACCAGCCUUCUACCCUACACCGGGGCCACACACGUUCCCCAGUUGUACCCUCUCACAUAUGCCCACAGAAUCAUUCCAUCCCAUGUGUUAGUUUUCCGGCUUGCUUAAAAAGAAAAAAAAGUUCUGAUAAUCCGUACAUUGGAGUAAAAUGAACAUAUAUAUAUUCCAGUCAGCACAAAGUAAUCUCAACUUCCGGUCACACUCUUGACGCGCUCGUUUGGACUCAUAUGAUGUCCAUCAUUUAUGUCACUGUAUAACCGGAUCGUUGCUGUAAUUCCAUGUAAUUCGUAUCAACAUCGUGUUACCCUUUGCAAGGCAAAAGGCAGAGAGGCUGUAGCAGAUUCAGCUCAGUAGAUGGAUCUGCGAGGUGUCUUCCUAAUCUGUGGCAAGUGAAAUAAUGAUUCCAGGUUUAUUUGAAUUUUGAGCAUUAUUCUUCCCUGCCUUUGUGAUUUAAAUAGACAAAUUAAGCAAAAAUGUGUGUUUGCAGCCAAACAUUGAUGCACUUAGCUACUGAGGAUACCUCUCCGUGUUCAGAGUAAAGAUAAACACGCCUCUGUCAUGAAAAUACAACUAUCGCCUUGCUUUUAGUGAUCUCCCCCCCUUCCACAAUCGUAGAAUCUUGCGUCUCCCAGCGCACUGGAAAAUUACAAAAGC